UUUCUACUUCGAAAUCGAGAAUGUUGACAACCAUUAGCCUUAGCGGUUUGAUUAAACCAUUACAGCAGCUACAUAUUUUUACUAACACCAAUUUAAUGGUUAAAGAUGGUUAAUAGGCUAUUAACAAAUUUGGUAUCAUGUUAACUCACGCGAUGCAUGUGAAAGUAAAAAAAAAACGCUAAAUUGUGUUAUUACAUCUAAUAACCUCAAAUAAGAUAUAACUACUUCUACCUAUAAAGAUUAAUAACAAGGAUCCCCCCAAAUCACCUAAGUAAUUAUUUUUUAUUAUUAUUCAGUUUAUUAAAUUGAACACUAGGGGCCAUUCGGUAUUAAUGUGUUUUCUGUUUUUUGGUUUUUUGAUUUUCAAAGUCAUAUGAUAUAUGUCCUAUAAUGAAUAAAAAAUUAGUCAAAUUUAUUUGGAACAUGAUGAUUUUGAAAACUGACAACUGAAAAGUGAAAACCACUUUUUCUGGUUCCAGUUUUUAAUUUUUAAAAAAACUGAAAACAAAAAAACGAUAACGAACAAGUCCUUCACUUCACUUCGGUGAAUAACAGGGCCUAACUCCCUAUAUAUAUCAUGAAAAAAAAAACGGUUGUUUGUAUGGCUCCAAUUCCCCAAAGUAUCAUUACUUUGGCGGAAUAUGAUUUGCAAUAAUAUCCCGAUCUAACUGUUUCCCUAAAAAAAAAAAAGUAUGAAAUUCAAUUUUCUUAUAUGGUAGAAUAUCCGUAUUGCCUAUUGUAUUGGGAUCCCUAAUAAAUACAGAGUAAAACGUAGUCAAACAUGUUGAAAUCCUUUAUGAUAUUUUGAUCCUUAAAUGCUCUAUUUAAGUAACAGUUACAAACUAAAGUCUCCCUCAAAAACGAAAAAAAAAAACUGAAGUCACUGAGAUAACGUUACAUCAGCUCUUCAUUUUUAAAACACACUCUAACCAGAUUGAGUUAUAGUCAUAAUCAUGGCUUUAAGGUUGUCUUCCCUUAUAUGUUUAGUAAUUCUAUCUUCUUUUGUAUUGAGUGGAUCAUGCUCUAACAAACAAGUGCGUACUAUCCAGACCAAAUAUGGUGUUUAUGACUGCAUAGACUUUUACAAGCAACCAGCAUUUAGUCAUCCGUUGCUUAAAAACCUCACAUCCAAGGGUAUACCAAAUAUAGUAGAACAUCAAGGAAGCAAAGCAGGUGGUUGCCCUAUAGGGACUAUUCCUAUUUUAAGAACCAAUUCAGAUUCUAGCAACUUUUCUCAACCACGUUCACUCCCUUCUAAUUCAGAAGAACAAUGUGUUGCGGUAGUUCAUACAAGAGCAGAUCUAAGAAAGAGAUUUUUUGGAGUUGAUGGUUCAAUAAGUAUCUAUAAACCCAGAGCGCAAAAUACUCAAUGGUCUUCUGCUCGAGUUAAACUUAUAAAUGCAAACGAUUACAUUGAAGCUGGAUGGAUGGUAAAUCCGGAUCUGUUCAAAGAUUAUGAAGCCCAUUUUUAUGCAAAAUAUAUGACGUUUCAAACAGGAUGCAUUAAUCUUCAAUGCCCAGGUUUUGUCCAAGUUUCUAAGGACGUUCGUUUGGGUAAUGUCCCAGAUAGAUAUUCUGUAGUUGGAGGGGUGCAAGUAUUUUGGAACAUAUCAAUUGCCAAGCAUCAAGAUGAUGGAAAUUGGUGGCUAUCACUCAUAGGUAGUAGUACAUUUCAAGUUGGAUAUUGGCCUAAAGAAUUAUUUGCCUCAUUGAGAGAAUUUGCUACACAAGUUGAAUUUGGAGGAGAGAUUAAUUCAGGACCAUUACAAAUUCAACUCCCUGAGAUGGGUAAUGGUGCUAAGGCAGUUUAUGACUAUAAACGUUCAGCAUUUAUUCUACAUGCAACUGUUGUUGAUGAAAGUUUUAAGAAUGUUAAUCCUCAAGAUACAGAAAAAUUUACGAAUUGUAAUGAACCAUACACUGUAUUAGAUGCUGGUUAUCAAGGAGAUUAUGCAGGUCGAGCCAUAUUUUUUGGAGGUCCUUGGAAUUAUUAGAUGUAUUGUUAAAAAUUCUUAUGAGCAUUAAUAAAAUUUUACCCUAAUGUUUGGAAA